AUGCCCCCCCCCCCCUUUGGGAAAAGCCUGCAUGGCAUGCAGAGCGAGCAGCGUUCUCUUUUCGGCACGUCUGGAGGGACGGUGAACACCCGUCUGUGGUAUUUUCGUCAUGUGGACACUUGCUCUUUGUCCAGACAAGUAGACAUGCAAGUCAUGUGUUCUGGCUGGACUGUCCAGCAGGCCGGCAGCCCAGAGCGGCCAAAAGGCUUCAGCUCACAUGUCUGCCACAGCAUGAGAAAACUCCUGGUCUUGACUGUGGCAACAGAGGAAACGGAUGGCUUCCACCGCUUCAUGCAGUCUGCCAACUACUUAAACUACACUGUGAAGGUGUUGGGGAUGGGAGAAGCGUGGAAGGGAGGUGAUGUGGGUCGCUCUAUUGGUGGAGGACAAAAAGUCAGACUACUGAAGGAAGCAAUGGAGGAGCUGGCUGACCAGGAGGACCUUGUUGUCCUUUCUGUGGACAGCUAUGAUCUUAUCUUUGCCGGGGCACCAGAGGAGACUCUCAGGAAGUUUCAGCAAUCCAACCACAAGGUGCUGUUUGCCGCGGAUGGACUGGUAUGGCCAGAUAAACGACUAGCUGAGAAGUACCCCUCCGUCCGCAGGGGCAAGCGUUACCUCAACUCUGGAGGUAUAAUUGGCUACGCUCCCUACAUACACAGAAUAGUUUCACAGUGGAGCCUCCACGACAAUGAUGACGACCAGCUCUUCUACACCAAGAUAUACCUGGACCCUUUAAAGAGAGAAACACUCAAUAUGACUUUGGAUCACAAUUGUCAAAUUUUCCAGAACCUGAAUGGGGCUGUUGAUGAAGUGCUCCUCAAGUUUGGAACAGACAGAGUGAGAGUGAGGAACAUCAUGUACGACACGCUGCCAGUUGUUGUCCAUGGCAACGGAAACACCAAAAUGUACUUGAACUACUUGGCUAACUAUGUCCCCAAUACGUGGAACUAUGAACAAGGCUGCAGCCACUGUGAUGACAACACUCUAGAUCUGUCUGAGUUAAAAAUGUUUCCCAAAGUGUUGGUUGGGGUGUUCAUAGAGCAGCCAACUCCGUUUCUGCCAGAAUUCUUCCAGCGGCUGCUAACUCUGGAUUACCCCAAAGAUAGACUUCAAAUUUUUGUUCACAACAGCGAGGUUUACCACGAGAAGCACAUUGAAAGGUUCUGGGAAGAAAACAGAAAUGUGUUCAACAGUUUCAAAGUUGUUGGGCCGGAGGAAACUUUGAGCCAAGGAGAGGCCAGGAACAUGGGAAUGGAUCUUUGUCGAAAGGAUGCUUCAUGUGACUACUACUUCAGCAUAGAUCCAGAUGUCAUGCUCACCAACAGACAGACACUGAAGCUCCUCAUCGAGCAAAACAGAAAAAUAAUUGGCCCCCUUGUCACCCGUCACAGCAAGCUUUGGUCCAACUUCUGGGGAGCCCUGAGUCUGGAUGGUUAUUAUGCCCGCUCGGAGGAUUACGUUGACAUUGUGCAAAGGAAACGCAUGGGUGUGUGGAACAUUCCUUACAUGGCACAUGUAUACCUCAUCAAGGGCAGUGUGUUAAGGAGUGAACUUAAAGAAAGAAACUACUUUGUUCUGGAGAAACUGGACCCAGAUAUGGCUUUGUGUAGAAAUGCCAGAGAAAUGGGAGUCUUCAUGUACUUAACUAACCGCUACGAGUUUGGGAGGCUCAUUUCCACAGCCAAUUAUAACAUUUCUCAUUACAACAGCGACUUGUGGCAGAUAUUUGAAAACCCUGUGGACUGGAAGGAGAAGUACAUCCACGAAAACUACACUCGGAUUUUCACCGAAAACUACUUGGAGGAGCCUUGUCCAGAUGUGUUCUGGUUCCCCGUCUUCUCGGAGAAAGCCUGUGAUGAAAUAGUGGAGGAGAUGGAGCACUACGGCUCGUGGUCUGGGGGCAGACAUGAGGACAAGAGGAUAGCCGGGGGAUAUGAGACGGUGCCGACGGAUGACAUUCACAUGAAGCAGAUUGGUUUUGAUAAAGAGUGGCUGCACUUCAUCCGAGAAUUCAUAUCACCUGUCACUUUAAAGGUUUUCUCUGGAUACUACACAAAGGGCUACGCCAUCAUGAACUUUGUAGUCAAAUACACACCAGAAAGGCAAGCGUUCCUGAGACCCCACCAUGACUCCUCCACCUUCACCAUCAACAUUGCUCUCAAUAACAAAGGCAGCGAUUUCCAGGGUGGAGGGUGCCGUUUCCAUAGGUAUAACUGCUCCAUAGAAUCACCGAGAAAGGGCUGGAGCUUCAUGCAUCCGGGGCGACUAACACAUCUCCACGAAGGCCUCCCCACCACUAAUGGCACGCGCUACAUUGCCGUGUCCUUCAUCGAUCCUUAAGACCUUUUUCUGUUUUGUCUUUCUGUUUUUCUUCGCCCCCA